AUGGAAAACAGUCCUGUAUCGAAUCCUGACAGUAAACCUGACCUCGGAGAUGCUGGAAGUGCCUACUUUUCGGAUUCUGGUUUAAGCAGCAACUACUCCUAUCAAACGAAUGCCAGUCAUUCCAGUGCCUCAGUUUUACCCUCGCCGUCGUUAUCUGCCAUUUCUAAUUCACUGGACUCGCUUGGCCCCGUAUCAAUGAAUUCCUCCGUCUCAAGUUUUUCAAAUAAAAGUUUUCCCGGAUUUUGUGAAUACAGUUCCAGUGCAAUGGCGACGAAUCCUUAUGCCCAAGCAGCUAGGCAUUCUUUUUCUCAGGGAUUUUUGACUAGCCAAAAUAAUUACAACCCCGGCUAUCUUUCUAGUCCAAAUAUGAACAGUGCUUUCUACGGACGGCAAGUUGGAAAUACUGCUUUUGCUGCCCCAGGAAGUGGUAUUUGUUCCCCACAAAUGAUGUUCUCUCAGGAAAUACAACAGCAACAAAAUCAGUCGUUGCAUCAGAAUGCGGACCAGCUGAAUGGUCAUAUGAGCUCUCUGGAUGCUCGUUAUAGUCACAACAGAGCGGAACAUACUCAUGCAGCUUAUGGGGAUAGUUAUUCAGCCAGUGUCCAACCGCUCCAUAUCACCACAUCCCCGCGGCAUUCAGUGGCUCCGACGAACCAUAUGUCCGUGAGCGCCAGAGAAGCCGCUCGUUUGGAGUCCAUAAGUAAAGGAUCUCCUCGUAUACUGUCUCCUGGCUGUGAGUCCGGUGUUGUGCAGUGCGGCGGAACAACUCCGGGAUCAGGCUCUAUGCUUACUCCAAGAUCUACCCGCACCGUGACGGGAGGCUCCGAAGUGUCUGCCGCCGAUAGCAAUACCAGUGUGGGGUCGAUCAAAGCCACAUUUACUCCGUGCAAAGUCUGUGGGGACAAAGCCAGUGGUUAUCAUUACGGUGUGAUUUCUUGCGAAGGAUGCAAGCCUAUGCAUCUGGAAGAAUAA